CCUCGCAGCACGAACAUCCUCCCGCGACCUCUUCUCCCAGAGCGCAGCACCCGUGGCGAGCGAGGGCACCGGCCCUGUGUACCGAUUACUGUGUGCGUGCCUUCUCUUCUGCGCCUCCUGUCGUGAGUGAAGCGUGACGGCGCGCCGUGCGCUCGCUCCUUUUCGACUCCCCCUCACCGCCAACCUCAACCCCACACACUCGAGACGUGACGACGAGCUCCGCUGACCGGACGUGGUGCAGUGUAUUUGUAGCGAAAAUGGCCUACCCCGCCGGCAUGGGAGAGCGCGGCGCCCUCAAAUCCCCCCGUGAAGACUCCUUCGCCUCCCUCGCGAGUCCGCUGCGCAGCGUCGGCACCCAGAUGGCCUCCUCGUCCAACGACGCUCGCGGGCAGCUGCACCGCCGGUUUACGACCAACAAUAUUCCUACCCAGAGCACUCCGCUGUCGCCAAUUGGGCAACAGCGCAGACAGGCGGCUGAGCCGACCGAAUUCACCACCGCGACGUACCAUAAGCUUCAAGUGGUAAGCAUCGGAGGGUCUCCUUCACGUCGAGUUUACCUUGUCUCUUUUACCCCGACACCGCUCUUUCUAUUGGAACAAUAAGUGAGAUUGCGCUGCCGCCAAGCGGGCUCUCUCCACGGCGACGGCCAGCAUAUAAACACGCCCUCCCCUCAUCGCCCCUCUCCACAACACCAUCUCCAACCAACUUUUCUCUCUGCAUAUUGCUACCACCACCUCUGUACUUCUCUAUCUCUUCUGAGAUCCGAGAUUUCGCAUCUAUCUCCGCCCCAUCUCUUCUCAUUUCUAUCAAACCUACCGCGCCGGUCCGCCUGCCUCCUACGUCACACGUGCUACGUGUUUUCCGUUUCGACAAGUUGCGCUUGACAGUCCGUGUGACCCGCUGACUGCUUGUUAGCUCGAAAAGAAGAAGCUUGAGUACGAAUAUCUGAAGGAGCAGCGACGACGUUUUGAAGCCGAAAUGGAGCUC